CCAAGGCUGUGGACCUGAUGCAAGUGACCAGUCGCAAAGCAUCAUGUUGGCGGAGUGUGCGGAGUGAGUCACAGUAUCAGGAUACAAAAAAUAAACAGGUGACCUUUGUUGUACGUCUGCAACUUAUGGAAUGGACGACACAUAUUCCCGAAGCCGAGUGGUAGUAAAAAACACAUUAUUCCGAGUGUUUCUGAAUGACUGAACUAUGAAUUAUCUGAAAAAAACAUCCUUAAUCGAAAAUGUAGACAUGCACAAGUAGAGAAAGUUGCAAGGAAUUACCUUUUUUUGACGAAUCAAAGGAAAUAAAAGUGUGAAUCGAUGACCUGUGAUGUGCACCCUUUUUGUGUUUUAGAAAACGUCCGAACAAAGCUCAAACGCCAUGCGUAACCGGCUGUGUUGACUCAUUUAAAUGAAUACGAAAUUAUUUUUAAAGCUAUCUCUGACGAAGGAUAUCAUCUGCGUGUACAGUGAUAUUCCCAUGAUUGGUUGCUAAGUUUCCUACAUGAUAUGGGAAAAUAAUCUGUGGAAAAAAAAGAAAAUAUCAGUGUGAACUCAACUAAGGCAAGGUGUAGGUGCACCUGGAUCGCGAGUGCACCUGAGUCGAGGUGACCUUCGGGAAUAUACCGGCGGCUUUGGAUACGUGUGGUGAAGCGCCUCCAGCAAUAUGAUGGUGGCUGGGGAAAAGGUAGCGGUUUUCCGCAGCAACAGCGACACCCGCAGGAACUCCCGCAGACAAAGGUUCAGGAACUUCUCGCUGAGAUGCCGCCGGAUGGCCUGGGACGAGGAAGGCGUGAGCAUCGGCGCCCCGCGCUCCUCCUCCCUUCGUCACUCCAAGACCAACGGCUCCACCCAUACGUCCCUCGAGUCCCGCCCAUCCACCGGAGAGCCGCCCCCGAAGAAGUCCAACUGGGAAGUGAUCGAGCACUACAGCAAAUCCGGCCUCGUGGGCGCGUCGAGCCCCAAAAGUCCCCCCGAAGAAGAGCAAGCCAAGGAGGAGGAGGAGAGCAUCCUGCUGGAGACGGCGCAAUGGUGGGACAUGUGCGCGCUGUGUCGCCGCAUCUUCCGGUCGCACCAGUUCAAGAACAUCCACGUGGAGGUGCUCUACCAGAGGUACUUCCUGCGGAUGAACCAGUCGAACAUGACGUCACUUCUUGGCCUGCUGAUCGUAGUGAUGCUAGUCAUGCUCUGCCUCAUCUACAUGCUCGACCUGAGAAAAUACUACACGCAGAGCAUCACCAUCGGUGUGUUCUGCGCGCUCUACGUCAUUCUCGAGAUUCUGCUGUGGCGAACGCAGCUGCUGAACGAGGUCUAUCUCAUCAUCUUCUCAUACCUCGUCCUCAUUUCAUUCUUCGGUCUCGAGGCGCUCAUGACCAUCGGCAGUGAGCCCCUGACAGCCUCCGCCGGCGUGUGGGCGACGCUCUUCUUCAUAUACAUGACUUACACGCUCCUGCCGCUGCGGGUGCUGGAGGCCACUGCCGGGGGCGUCCUCCUGUCCGUCGCCCAGAUCGGGUGCGCCGCCGCCGCCAACGCCGCGCAGCCCUUCCUCUGGAAACAGUUGGUGUGCAACGGGAUGCUCUUCGCUUGCGUGAACGUGGCGGGUUUGUUCACGCACUACCCCGGCGAGGCGGCAAGGAGACAGGCGUUCAUCGAGACCCGUCAGUGCAUCUCCGCCCGGAUGAACACGCAGCGCGAGAAUCAGCAACAGGAACGUCUUCUGCUGUCGGUGCUGCCCAGACACGUGGCCAUGGAGAUGAAGUCCGACAUCGCGGUCAUCCCCAAGGACACCAUGUUCCACAAGAUCUACAUCCAGAGACACGAUAACGUCAGCAUCCUGUUUGCGGACAUCUGCGGCUUCACCACGCUGUCCGACCAGUGCACGGCCGAAGAGCUCGUCAGGCUGCUCAGCGAACUCUUUGCCAG